AACAGCAGCAGCAGCAGCAGCAGACUGGCGUACAACAGGUGAACCGGCGCCUGUACUCGGCCGAGCUGACGCACGUGGUGACGGCCGACCUCUGGGACCCGGAGGCCGAAUCGCUGCUGGACUCGGUGGCCAUCGGCCGCGUGGCGCAGCGCUGCCAGCAGAUGGCGACGCUGCGCCGGCUGCUCUGGACCAACGGCGCGGACCUGGCCGACGCCCGCUUCUGUCCAAGACGCUGCCACCGGGCCCUGGGCCUGAGCUGUUGGCAACAGUUCUCGGAGGCGCUGCUCGCCGUCGGCCGGCCCCAUGGCGACGUCACCUCCACGCUCAGUGACGUCAUUCCCGUACUGGUGACGGCACAGUGUCUGAGCGGCGAGCAGGCGGCCUGGCUGGCGGAGAGCGCCGCCGUCGUGCGUGACGUCACCGAUGAUCCAGUGGACAUUGGGCGAAUGUUCGUUUACAUUGGAGGAGCACAGAUGUCGGUACUGGGCCAGCUGAUGGCUGUCGACCCCGUCGAGGAGCGGAAGCUUCUCCUGGAGUACAGCAAGGACGAGAUGGAGGACGUAGAGGCGGACCUGGCGGCGGCCGACCUGGCCAUGCAGCUGGUGUCGGGCGUGCGGCUGGCGGCGCUGGCCGACCAGCACGUGCCACCGGCCCUGGCUCAGCAGCGGCAGCGGCUGCUGGCGCUGGACGCCGAGCGGGCCGAGCUGGACGUGGGCGAGGCGUGCCGUCCCACGCCGCCGCUCUACCAGCAGCUCAAACAGCUGCGCGCGCGCCUGCGCAGCUUUUCCGGGUUUGUGGCCGGACUGGAGGGACGCUACGGCUGGUACCGGGACCUGACGGCCCCGCUGCUGGCCGCCUACAGACAGAACGCUCCCUGA